GCACAACCCUGCUGAGCAGCUCCAUUACACUGUCUAAGGUCAGGACAACCACAAGGUAAGAUGGAUCAAGAGGUUCUUACUUGUAGACUUUCUUAAAGCUUUGUCUUCUGACAAAAACACAUGAUGAUUUUAGACAGUAAUGUUAGGGUAUAAAGUCAUCUAAAGAAGGAAGUAGAGCAGAAUUGAGUUGUGGACCUUGAGCUGCACACUUUUUGCAGUCAACAGAGUUACCUAGCAGCGCUCUCUUAUUUCCCUGUGGCUUUCCUCUUUAACAUCUUGAUAAAAACAGGCAGCUAUGAAACAGUGCUCUUUAUGUAUCAAAACAGGGGAGAAACUCUUCAUGGUGAGUAACCUGGAUGUGUACUGAUCUGUGUUCAAUGUGUGCUUUUAUAGAAACUAUGGCAAAACGUGUUGCAGUCAUUCUCUCAGGCUGUGGAGUUUAUGAUGGCACAGAGAUCCAUGAGGCCUCUGCUGUCCUCGUCCAUCUGAGUCGAGCCGGAGCAAAAGUAAGUGCAAGAAAAGAAGAGAUGCAACCUUGAACCUUUUUAUUUUUUUAAAUUUACACUUUAAUUUGGAGGGACUUUCAGGGCUAUGUGUCAAUCCAUGUCUAGCAAUGCAACAUUAAGUUCACUGAAAAGGUUGUCUGAAUCCCUCUGCUACUGAUCUAAAAUCUAAAAGGUUUUUCACUGUUUUUUAUUUUUUUAUUUCAGGUGACGAUGUUUGCUCCUAAUGCAGAUCAGAUGCAUGUGGUAAAUCACUGCGAGGGUAAACCUACAGAGGAGAAGAGAAACAUCCUGCAAGAGAGCGCUCGCAUCGCUAGAGGUGAUGUGACUGAUCUGGCCAAGUUGGAUGUUUCAGCUUUUGACGCUGCCAUCAUACCAGGUUAGACUCUUCAUAUCGCACUCACACACGUGAGACAAAGACAUAAGGAGAGACAAAGUUCUGUGAUAUUGCAAAUGAACCCUGAAUGCUCUCCCUCAGGGGGCUUUGGUGUGGCUAAGAACUUGAGUGACUGGGCAGUGAAGAACAAAGACUGCACCAUCCUGCCACAUCUAGAGAAGCUCAUCAAGGCUUUCCACAAAGCCGGUAAGCCGCUAGGCAUGUGCUGCAUCUCUCCCAUCCUCGCUGCCAAAAUCCUGCCUGGCUGCGAGCUCACUGUGGGCCAGGACAAAGAGUGUGAAAAGUGAGUGAAACAGUCUGUCAUCAUGAUGACUGUGAAGUAUGUUUAACAAUCUGAGCGUAGAGCUGAACAUUUCCUCUCUUCUCACCCUUAGGUGGCCGUUCGCUCAGACAGCAGGAGCUGUGAAAGAGAUGGGCUGUAAGCACGUCAACACUGAUGUGGAUAAAGCACAUGUUGACGUCAAAAACAAACUGGUCACUACAUCUGCAUUUAUGUGCAAUGCUCCCGUUCAUGAAGUUUUUGAUGGAGUAGGAGCCAUGGUUAAGGAGACUCUGAAGCUGGCUUGAUAAGUCUCUGACUAAAUACUGGCUGUUUGUGUUUAUUUACUUGAAUUGAUUCACUUUUCUGUAAUUUUUGAUGUUACAGCACUUAGCCACAAGAAUUCACCUGAUCUUUUUCUCCAUCUGUUGUUUUGAAAGUUUUAAUAAAAGUUUCUUUAUAAACUUGAA